UUGUGACUGGCGGCGGCCCCGGAUGUCGUGGCUGCUGGGGGGAGAUGGCGGAGGCUGAGAGGGUGGCCGCGGCCCCAGGCCCUGCUUUAGGGUCGACUUUCAGGGGCCGCCGAGCCAUGUCAGGCUCCUGGGAGCGGGCCCAGCAGGUUGAAGCGGCGCAGCGGGCCCUGGUGGAGGUGCUGGGGCCUUACGAGCCUCUGCUGAGUCGGGUGCAGGCAGCCCUGGUGUGGGAGCGGCCAGCCAGGAGCGCCGUGUGGUGCCUGGGGCUGAACGCGGCUUUCUGGUUCUUUGCACUGACAUCCCUUCGUCUUGUGUUUUUACUUGCAUUCGGCUUGAUGAUUGUUGUGUGCAUUGAUCAAUGGAAGAACAAAAUCUGGCCAGAAAUAAAAGUGCCAAGACCCGACGCAUUAGACAAUGAGAGCUGGGGCUUUGUGCACCCUCGGUUGCUCAGCGUGCCCGAGCUCUGCCACCAUGUAGCUGAAGUCUGGGUUAGUGGGACCAUUUUCAUAAGGAAUCUUUUGCUUUUCAAAAAGCAAAACCCAGGCAAGUUCUGCUUGCUGAGCUGUGGGAUACUGACCUUUUUGGCCGUUUUAGGCCGCUACAUCCCUGGGCUCCUGCUGUCCUACUUGAUGCUUGUUACUGUCAUGAUGUGGCCCCUUGCUGUGUAUCACCGACUGUGGGAUCGAGCAUAUGUGCGACUGAAGCCAGCUCUGCAGCGGCUGGACUUCAGUGUCCAUGGCUACAUGAUGUCCAAGCACAGAGAGAGACAAUUGCACCGCAGAGCUCUACACCCAGAACAUGCCACAGACAACCACAGUGACAGUGAAGAGGAGCUUGCUGCCUUCUGUCCUCAGCUGGAUGAUUAUACUGUUGCCAGGGAAUUGGCCAUCACAGACUCUGAGCACUCGGAUGCUGAGGUCUCCUGUACAGACAAUGGCACAUUCAAUCUUUCAAGGGGCCAAACACCUCUAACAGAAGGCUCUGAAGACCUCGAUGGUCACAGUGAUCCUGAGGAAUCCUUUGCCAGAGACCUUCCAGACUUCCCUUCCAUUAAUGUGGAUCCUGCUGGCCUUGAUGAUGAAGAGGACACCAGCAUUGGGAUGCCCAGUUUGAUGUACCGUUCGCCACCAGGGGCUGAGGGGCCCCAGGCCCCCACCGCCAGUCAGGAUGAGGCUGCACUGCCAGAGCUCCUGCUUGGUGCCCUACCUGUAGGAUCCAACCUCACCAGCAACCUUGCCAGCCUGGUAUCCCAGGGUAUGAUCCAGCUGGCCUUGUCAGGGGCUUCCCAGCCAGGCCCUUCUGGCCCACCUCCCCGGAGAGCAACAAGAGGCUUCCUCCGAGCCCCCAGUUCAGACCUGGACACUGAUGCUGAGGGGGAUGACUUUGAACUUCUGGACCAGUCAGAGCUGAAUCAGCUGGACCCUUCCAGUUCCAGGAGCCACUGAGGCAGAGAUUCCUUUUGGGGAUCACUGUGGUUUAGGUUUUUUUCCCUCCCUAUCCUACUUAAGGUGACAGGGCAAGGGAAGAACCCAGGUCCCAUCACCUGAAUUAUAUUUGUAUGUUUGGUACCCUGGUUGAUGCUCAGAGGCCUGCUUAGAGUGGAUACUCACUCCCCUGCUGGACCCCCAUGUUUGAGCUCAGUCAUUGAAAUGAGAGUAUGCUCCCUUGAGGGAGGCUUCUUUCCAUCAGGAUAGUACUCUGGGGAACAAAGUAGCCAGGGAUGUUGGUUCCCCUUUAAGCAGGUGUUGCUGUUUGCUUUUAGGUAUGGGUGCCCAGGAGCCCUCACCGAUAGAAGAGCCCAUCUCUUCCUUCCUCCCUUCAUCACCUCCCUAGAGCCGCCAAAGUCAGGCAGCAGCUGGAAGAGUUACAUUUUCAACUUCUUUUGUUAAGCCACAAUUUGGUUUUUUUUAAAAGCAAGCUUGUCUUUUGGUUCUGCAGAACAGCCCUGCUCCCUCUCCUACUAGCCCAUCCUUAUUUCUUGAAACCUGACCCACAGUGCUCCAAAAUACUGUUUGUGAAAUUUAAGAAAUGUGAACAUUAUGUGGUGAUGAACCUCUUCUACAUCACUUGGGCCAUGGGGGUCAGCUGGCUGGGAGGGUUAGUGAGUGCCUUUGUAUCUUGAGGUCUCACUGAAUCUUCUGGGGCUGUGUGGUUGUUUUCGGUGCUGCUAACCCCUGGCUCCAUUUGACCAUCAGCCUGAGCAGUGAGCAAAGCAAUACCAUACCCAUUUCUAUGUUCCUUUUCCUUCUCCUGCUCCUCCUUUGGAGAAGCAAUAAUUCCAUGGAGGAUGGCACUUUACAAAUGUCUCCAUGGUAUUCAUCCCAGGAGCCACCACUUCUUGCACCAGCUGUUCUUACUCUUCUCAACUUGGCAGGGUCUCCUUUAAGAAUGAGCCCAGUUAAAAAGAAUGUGUCUGUAACCAGCAGACUCCUCUGAGGAGUAUCUGUUCUGCCACCCCUAGUAAAAUCAUGUGAGAAAAAAGCCCCCAAAUAGUAAUUGGUUCUAAACCUGUGCCAGUCUAUAGCUUCAUUCUGCUUUCCCAAUCAGAGCUCAAGCCAAACUCUUGUAUCCUCUUUCCCUCUGCAUUAACCCUUUGCUGAUCCUCAGGGACCACUCCCCCAACACCCUCAUACUUGGGUGAGGGAUGUUGGACAGAGCCCAUUUUCAUGUGCUGCAGGUGGGGUGCGCUAACAUGUUUGCUCUUGGUUAAUGGACAAGGUACAGAGGCCAGGGAGUGAAAAUAGUUAAUAGUGAGAAGGGAGAAGAGCUAGGUGCCUGCCCCAUAGUUAUGUACCUUUGUGUGAAGGUUUGGGGUAAUGACAUCCCCCCACUCAAGGGUUCUCAAACAGACUUUGGACACCUCUUUUCGCAGAGCCCAGAUGUCUUACAGGUGAGCUCUGAUGUGGAAAAAAUGGGAGGUGUGGGAAAGGAGUGAGAUUUUGUGUGUUUGCAUUAGUGUGUGUAGGUAGCUUCAGGCCUUGGGGAGUUGGCAAGAGGGAGGGAAGGAAGGAGAGCAAAAUCUUUGGAAGGUGUUUCUUGUACCUGGGGGAUCCUGCUCUGAAUCUCCUUAGUUCUCCACUGUGAAU